UGAGUUCUACGCAACAUGUUUCGCCUGCAUAUCGGUUCUUUGUGCCUCGUCGUUGCAUUCUGCAUCCAUUUCGGAGGGUCCCACUCCACCAGCGAGUCCGUUUGUGUCCUGAGCGAUGCGCCUCAGCAAUGUAGUGCCUUCUGCAUGGCAGCAUUGCAGCCACUGUAUAACCACUGUCGGAAUGUUCGGGAGCUGUUUAAUAUCCUUGCGUCGAAUCAAACUGCCCCCGCGAGGAGACUUGAAUCCACUUUGCAGAGCAGGCCAGAGAUAAAACCAAAAGAUACAGUGCCGCCUGGGUUCCAGAAGAUUGGAUCCAGAUACUUUCUCAUAGAAGAGAAUAAGAGGAAAUCCUGGACUGAUGCCGAGGAAACCUGUCGCGAAAAGGGCGGCCACCUAGCAUCCUUCCGAAACAUAGCCGAGUUUCAUGCCGUCAGGAGUGAAGUCUUUCUACUUUCCACGUACUGGCUGGGUGGCCAUCGAAAUAGUGAGGACGAAUUCGUGACGGCCACCGGAAAUAAAGGAUCGUAUAUUAAGUGGCAUUUAGGACAACCCAACAACUUCGGUGGCGAUCAGAACUGCGUUGCCCUGAGCCUAUUACGCAUGCUUGAUACGCAAUGCGAUCAUGCCAAUCACUUCAUUUGCCAGCUGGACACGCUCCGUAUAAAUAAACCCGAAAUUCGGCAAAAAUGUGUCAGUUCAGUUUUUCGCAACAUGUGUGGGCUGCGUAUCUAUUUUUUGUGCCUCGUCGUUGCAUCCUGCAUCCUUUUCGGAGUGUCCCACUCCACCAACGAGUCCUUUGCUGUACUGAGCGAUGCGCCUAAGCAAUGUAGCGACUCCUGCCUGGCAGCAUUGCAUCCACUGUACGAUCAGAACGCCAAAUCCGGGCAACAGGAGCACAGCCAAGAGGCAAUAGUGAAGAUCAUAGCGGAAUCUCAGGCUGAGCAGAAGGAGGCAAUGGUGAAGCUUAUUGCGGAUUCUCAAACCGAGCAGAAGGAGCUUUUGAAUCACUACUAUCUGGAUGUUCGGGAGCUGUGGAAUGUCCUUGCGGGGAAUCUAACAUCCACCGCGAGCAGACUUGAAUCCACCUUGCAGAGCAUGCCAGUUACAGUGCCGCCUGGGUUCCAGAAGAUUGGAUCCAGAUACUUUUCCAUAGUAUAUAAUGAGGGGAAAAUCUGGACUGAUGCCGAGGAAACCUGUCGCGAAAAGGGCGGUCACCUAGCAGCCUUCCGAAACGAAGACGAGUUUGAAGCCGUCGCAAGAAUCGUCGAGAAAUAUACCGUAUUCUGGUUGGGUUACCAUCGAAAUAGUGAGGACGAAUUCGUGACGGUCGCCGGAAAUGAAGUAUCGUUUAUGAAGUGGCAAUCAGGAGAACCCAACAACUUUGGUGGCAAUCAGCACUGCGUUGUCCUGUUCAAUUCACGCAUGUAUGAUGGGAAAUGCGAUCAUGCCAUUUCCUUCAUUUGUCAGUUGGACACGGUUUAAUAAAUAUAAAGAUAAUAGGUAAAUAGCUUACAUAAUUAUUUGUCAAAUGCUGUGCAAAUUUGACUGCAGAGAGUAAGAACUGUUUUCGUGCAAACACUUUCUUAUUGGGUUGGAUUGAUUAAAAUAUAAUUAAUUAUAUAAAAUAUAAAAUAA